UGAUCACCGUAGCCCAGCUAGGCUAGGUACGCCUCCAAGUGGCUUUAUAACACUACAGGCACUGCUGAGAGAAGUACAGCAGCUUUGAAUAGCAGCAUGAAGAAAACCAAGGUUUAAAAAAAGGAAAAUGAACCAGUAUUAAAGAGCACAGAUAUUUUAUACACCUGGGAGUUUGUCUGCUUGUGGUCUGACAGAUCAGGUACUGCCUCUCUUUAGAGUCAUUGUUUUAGACCAGGAAGCAGAUGUAUAUUGUCCUCCAUCUUGCUGCAUAAGGAUUAAAAAGUUGGAAAAGAAAGCCACUACUAGCAGGAAGAGAACAGCAGUAUCAUGGAGCUCCUCUAACUCUGAGCCCCUUUAAGACUUGCCACCUGAAAAUAUGCCAUUUAAAGACCUAUCUUUGAUAAAAAUCAAUAAAGCACCCAUGGAGAACAUCCCCCACCCAAAGGCAGCAGAUCCUUGAGGACUACCUGCUGGUGGAAGAUGCGCCUCUGCUGGAGGAGAUGGCCGAGGAAGAUGAAGAGCUCGACCUGUACAAUGAGAUGACUUUUGGGUUAGACCGAGACUCCACCGAGGAGGAUGUCACCAAAGCCCUGAUGCCUCCUGAGACGAGCCCUGAGCUGGCCGAAGCGGUGGCAGAGGAGACCGAGGCCGGGGAGGAACUGGGGCCCGGAGCAGCUGACCAGCCGGAGGAACUGGGAGAGCCCCAGGAGGAAGGUGGGAUGGAGCCAGAGGUCGAGCAGGUCAGCUCCGAGUUGGAGGAAGAGGAGGAGGACCUGGGGGCUGAAGAACAUGAGGAAGACCAGGAGCCUUGCGAGGAGACCAAUGACCUGGGAGACCCAGCGGUGAUGAAGGCCGUGCAGAGCAAACCCACGCUGGAGAGCCAAGACUCGGCGGUGCUGGAUAGCAGGAUUGGUGCUUGCUGGGCAGAGUUUGGCAAAGAGGAUACGCUGGCAAUGGAUCCCGCGGUGUGGGGCUCCUGCCCCGGCAGCAUCCCGCCCCACCACGUGCUGGAGGUGGGUACCCCCCGCCAGGCCCUUGGGGACCAGCCAAGGGCUCCCCAGUACCCUGAGCUAAGGGUCAUACAGAUGAUUUGGGGUGACCACGGAACCUCCAAAGCCUCGUCACAGGAUAAAGCCAUCCUCCAGGUCCUGGAGAGGCCCCCACCAUCCACCAACGUGGCCCUUGACUUUCUUGGCUCCCCUGUGCAGAGGGGCUACGGGGGCUCUCCCCGACUCAAGCGCCCCGACUUCAGACUGAUGUCCUCCAAGUCCUUUCCCCAGCGCUUUCUCCGGCAGCAGUCGCCUCUGAUGCCUCGUUCCCCGUGCUCCCCUCGGCCCUUCACGCCGGCUCGCAGACCCUCUCCGCUCUUCGCUUCCAACCAGACUGCAGGGUAUGCAUCUCCGACCCCUUUCCGGCCCAUGUCGCCCAACAUCAGCAGCCCGCCACGACCUCUCGCCAUGCACUUUGGUCCCAUGUCUCCCUCUUUGGACCCCGCACUCUUCUUCAGUCCGUCAGCCAGCGGCCAGCUGAACCUCAGCACGCCCAGCCAUAUGACCCAGCUGCACCCCCAGCACCAGCGGAUCCUGACCCAGCGGCAGCAGCAAGGCGGGCAGGUGCAGAGCAUCUCCCCCAAGAAGAUGUGGUCUCCUAAAGUGGACCCUUAUGCUGGGCUGAUGGUCUCCAAGGAGAAGGACUGGGUUGUCAAGGUGGAGAUGAUCCAGCUGCAGAGUGAGAACAUGGAUGAUGACUACUACUACCAGACGUACUACCACCGGCUGGAGCGCAAACAGGCAGAGGAGGAGCUGCUCGGUGGACGCAACAAGCAGGAGCCCCCCAAGCUGGUCACACCAUUCAUCCAGAAAGUGGAGACGUAUGACUCCGUGGUGCGCAUCGCAGGCUCGCUGGGCCAGGUCGCGGUGUCCACCUGCUACAGCCCUCGCCGGGCCAUUGAUGCUGUGCACCAUGCCCUCGUGGAGGAGGCUGCGGGGAGCCACCGGCUUCGGGCACUGCACAGGAUCGAGAAGCUGUUCCUGCAAUUGCUGGAAGUGGAGGAGAUGCAGCGGAAGAUGUCCCUGGCUCCGGAGGAGCAGCAGCAGCCAUGCUGUCAAGAGCAGAAGAACCAAGAAGUGGAGCGUAUCUACCAAGCCUUGAAAAUCAGGGCUUGCAGCAGUGAAGAGGAGGCAGAGGAUGAAUUCCUGCAACUCCUGUGUGUGCGGAAGGGCAAGAAACUCACGGCCCGGCUGCUGCCCCACCUGACCCAGGAGCAAGCGGAGAAGAUCCUGCUGACCGUCACACACCACCUGCCCUUCCUCAUGAAGAAGGACAUGUUGGAUGAGUCUCUCCCCCUGCUCUACAGCCCGCUGAACGAGGUGGUGGGCGGGAUGACCUUCAGCAAACUCAUCGAGGUCCUGCAGGAGAUGACCAGGCCUCUGUCCGAGUCCCCUGAGCUCCCCCUCGCCAUGGCCUUGAAGAACCAGUUUGGGAUCUCCUUGCUCUACUCCCUGCUGAGCCACGGUGAGAGGCUGCUGUCCUCUGACGCACCGCUGGAGCCAUGUGGUGGGGACUUCGAGACGUGGACAGACACGGUGUUCCUGGUUGCCCGGGAGCUGUCACAGGUGCCCAAGGCCUUGCUGGUGGAGCCUCUCUUCUUGCCCAGCAACCUUCUCUCGCUCUUCUGCCGCUACCUGGACAAGCAGACCAUCCACCACCUGGAAGCCAAGAUGGAGUGCUCCCCGCUGCCGUCGGAGGCUGCCAUGCCAUGCUGAGCCCAGGGAGCCGGGGCCAGCGGUGCCGGGAAUGGGCAGGGCCCGAUGCUGUGACUUUGAGUUUUGAAGCAAACACUUACCCUGGUGCGGGGCACUUCGGGUGAACCGGGCACUGGCAGAGCCGGCGCUCGAUGGCUGAUGCCGACCUGUCCCGGUGCCCAGGAGCACAGCACGGGGAGGCGGGUAACUUAUUUUUGCCUCGCACCCAGCAGCGGUGAGCGCUGGAUCACGGCGGGUGUCGAGGUGGGGUCUGCACAGGGGCGCUGGGAGCACCUGGGGGUGAGUGACUUUGUGUACAGCACUUGAAAUAAAAUAAAAAGGUGAUU